CAGAGCAGUGUGUUGUUGUCCUAGCCGGAUCCACCUCAUGUAUUUUGUGUGCCGCAUCUGUCAAAUAAACAGCCUCAAAUUACAUCCAUCUGCCUGCCUCCAUAUUCUACUGCCUCAUAGAAUAUUACAUAAUUGGCGACGAGGAUUUAAGGAGUGGCGUGUCAGAGGACAUAAUUGAGUGAUUGCUGAGAAAGGCUGGAGUAAACAGAUCGCUCGACAUCACUGGCAGAGUAUAUCGGUGAUUAUCAAGACAAAAUGACUUCACUGGUGGGGACGGUGAGUCCUUUUGAUAAUGCAUCGCAGUUAUGGGAUGAAUAUAUCGAAAUGCUCGAAUAUUUUUUCCAAGCCAAUGGAAUUGACAGUGCUGAGAAAAAGAAAGCGGUGCUGUUAAGUGGUGUUGGGGCAUCGACAUAUAGUUUAUUAAGAAGUUUGAUCUGCCCUGAAAAGCCAGGAGACAAAACCUAUGAGGAGCUGGUGACUGUGCUAAAGACUCAUUACAAUCCUAAGCCAAGUGAGAUAGUGCAAAGAUUUAAGUUUAACUCUCGUACACAGAAAGAUGGUGAGACUGUUGCUGAUUUUGUGGCAGAACUGAAAAAGUUAGCACAGCACUGUGAGUACGGGGCUACACUUCCACAAAUGCUGCGAGACAGACUCGUCUGUGGAGUAAACGACGACCGAAUGCAGAGAAGGCUGCUAUCGGAAGUGGAGUUAACUUUUGAAAAGGCACUGACAAUCUGCCAGGCAAUGGAGUCUGCAAACAAGAAUGUGAGAGAUUUGCAAGGAUUGUUAAUGGAGGACACAGCACAAACCAUGAAGUUAUUUAAAGGACCGGCAGCAGUGCAUAGAGUGUACACAUUUGAGAAGAAGGGUCGACAAAAAGACACGGUGUGUUACAGAUGCAAAGGACAACAUGCACCAGAGGAAUGCAAGUUUUUGAAUGAGCUCUGCCAUCAAUGUGGAAAGCGGGGACACAUAAAACGCGCAUGCAGGGCAAAACAAGCUGCUGGGGGGAGGCAAAACACUCCAUUCAAAGGACAAAAAGGAGAGAAAAAAGAGAAAGGUAGGAGGACUUAUCUCGUUAGAGAGGAGGAAAGUAACGAGAGGGAGGACACCAGUGAUAUUAACACAAUAUACAGUGUAUCCCAAGUCCAGCCAAAAGUGGGCCCUAUAACACAGAAAGUGAGUGUAAAUGGCAUGGAAGUGGACUUUGAAGUCGACACGGGUUGUGACAAUUAUCAGCAGAGGGCAAUAUUCUAAGUUGUGGAAAAAAGCAGACAUGCCAGAAUGGAGACCCUGCAGUAUGAAACUAAAGACCUAUACAGGGGAAAGGAUGGAAGUGCUGGGUCAAGCUACAGUAACGGUGGAAAUCCAAAAUGUAAAAAAAGAAAUGACAAUGGUCGUGGUAGAUGGAGAGGGGCCUAAUUUGUUGGGACGAAGCUGGCUGAAAGACUUUGGGCUGUUGCCACAGCUGGUAAAUCAAGUAACAGCAGUGCCGACAUGGAAGAUAGCAGAUGUGUUAGAUAGACACGCAGAGGUGUUUAAAGAAGAGCUGGGGCAGCUCAAAGGCACCAUAGCUAAAAUUCAUGUCAACCCCGAGGCCCAACCACGAUUCUUUAAGCCCAGACGUAUUCCUUUUGCAGUCAAGCCCUUGGUGGAGGCUGAGCUCCAGAGACUGGUUGAGGAGAAAAUUAUUGAACCAGUGCAGUUUGCGGAGUGGGCAGCUCCUAUCGUGCCGGUGAGGAAACCAGAUGGCUCUAUUCGAAUUUGUGGAGAUUAUAAACUCACAGUAAAUAGAGCAUCCAGUGUGGAACAAUAUCCCAUUCCAAAAGUGGAAGAUUUGUUCACUCAGUUAGCUGGAGGUCAGAAAUUUUCCAAACUGGACAUGAGCCAUGCGUAUCAGCAAAUUAUGCUGGAUGAAAGUGCAAAGAAAUAUGUCACUGUUAACACACACAAGGGACUGUACACAUACUGUAGACUACCUUUUGGGGUGGCAUCAAGUCCAGCCAUUUUCCAACGCACCAUGGAGGGAAUUCUCCAAAACUUGAAGCACGUUGUGGUGUAUUUGGAUGACAUAUUAGUCACAGGAGCUAAUGAUGAAGAGCAUCUGAGGAAUCUGGAGGAGGUUCUGAGGAGACUAAAAUCGAGUGGAUUGAGACUAAAAAGGAGCAAAUGUGAGUUCCUGGGAGAGGAAGUGGUAUUCCUGGGCCACCGCAUCAGUGCUGCAGGUGUGCAGCCAGUCGCAGAAAAGGUGCAAGCGAUACAGGAAGCCCCCAUUCCACAGACAGUGAGUGAGCUGAAGGCUUAUCUAGGCUUGUUAAACUAUUAUCAUAAGUUUCUGCCCAGUCUGUCCACAGUGUUGGCACCCUUGCACAGGUUGUUGAAGAAGGAAACAAAGUGGACAUGGGGCUCUGAGCAGGAAGAAUCUUUUGUGAAAUCAAAAGAGCUUCUCCAGUCAUCUGCUUUACUAGUGCACUACGAUCCUACCAAACCUCUUAUCUUGGCGUGCGAUGCUUCGCCAUAUGGGGUAGGGGCUGUUUUGUCUCACAGGAUGGAAGACGGGACUGACAGACCAAUAGGAUUUGUAUCACGGACGUUAAAUGCAGCAGAAAAGAAUUACUCACAAUUGGAUAAGGAGGGUUUGGCCGUCCUGUUCGAGGUAAAGAAAUUCCACACAUAUGUGCAUGGCAGACCCUUUACCAUUGUGACUGAUCACAAACCCCUGAUAGCACUGUUUAAUGAGCUCAAAGAAGUGCCACAGAUGGCUUCUCCACGUAUUCAAAGAUGGGCUGUGACUUUAGGGGGGUAUGAGUACACUAUUGUGUAUCGAGCAGGGCGUGAGCAUCAAAAUGCUGAUGGGCUGAGCCGGUUGCCACUGUCGGAAAAAGGAGUGGAAACCCCAGCAGAGGAGGAGAGAGUGCUACUGUUGGACGAGAAUGAUGUUUCAUUGGUUAAAGCCGAGCAGGUGGAAAAAUGGACUGUUAAAGAUCCUGUGUUGGCUCGAGUAAGGGAGUACGUGCUUAGAGGAUGGCCCAAGACAGUGGAGGAUCCAGCUUUUGGAGUAUACCAUAAAAAACAGGAUGAACUGAUUGUCCAGGGAGGAUGUGUAUUGUGGGGUGCCCGCGUAGUAAUUCCACCCCAAGGCCGGGCAGCCAUACUCAGACAGUUACACAGUGGCCAUCCAGGCAUAACCAGAAUGAAAGGGUUGGCACGGAGCUAUGUAUGGUGGCCCCAGAUGGAUGCUGCUGGGGAAGGUCUGGUAAAAGCAUGUACCAGAUGUCAGGAGAGCAGGAACACCCCUCCUUGUGCACCCUUACACCCUUGGGAAAUUCCACAGCUGCCAUGGAGAAGGAUCCAUAUUGAUUAUGCUGGUCCGUGGCAAGGAAAAAUGUUCCUGAUUCUGGUGGAUGCGUACUCUAAAUGGAUAGAGGCGUUUCCUUUGAAUAAUUCUACAUCUGCUGUUACCAUCCAGUGCCUGAGACAAAGUUUUAGCCAGCAUGGGUUACCGGAAAUAGUGGUGUCGGACAAUGGCAGUUGUUUCACAAGUAAGGAAUUUCAGGAAUUCAUGAGUCGUAAUGGCAUCAAGCACAUAACCACGGCACCAUACCAUGCAGCUUCUAAUGGUUUGGCUGAACGAGCUGUGCAAACGUUCAAGAGUCUGAGGAAAAAGAGCACAGGAGAUUCCAUUGAGGCCAGGCUAGCCAGAGUGUUGUUCAGUUAUCGAAUUACACCACAGUCGACUACGGGAAAAUCACCUGCAGAGCUGUUGUGUGGACGCAAACUGAGGUCUACCCUGGAUCUUGUUCAUCCUGACUUUAAAAGUCAAGUGCAAAACAAGCAAUUGAAGCAGAAGUGGAAUCAUGAUCUGCAUGCAAAAGAGAGACAUGUGAGUGUUGGUGAAAAUGUGUAUACCAAGAACUUCAGUUUAGGACCUACCUGGAUUCCAGGAACAGUGCAGAAAAGGACGGGACCCUUGUCGUAUACCAUCGCACUUGGUAAUGGCCAGGUAGUGCGUCGGCACAUUGAUCAGGUGAGGACCAGACAGGUGGCCUCUCCGGCUGAAACAGCUGUGGGGUUGGAUACUUCCUUGCAGGAGUUGGAGGAGGGGCCAUUGCCUGAAUCAGUAGACCCUGUACCAUCAGGGAACAGUGUUGGACAGCAGGCAAGUGGAAUGACACCCGAGGUUACUGUGUCAGGGACUGUGAAGGCAGAGGAGCAGCCGGAACUCAGAAGGUCUGCGAGGACAAAGAAGUUGCCCAGUUACUUAAAAGACUAUACUUAGAGUAGUGGUGAGUUCCCCAGCCACAGGGCAAGAAUGCGUCCUGGAACUCACUGGGAUGGAGGCAGUCUACCCGAAGUCCCUAGCUUAGACUGUGUAAAAAAAAAAAAAAAAAAAAAAAAAAUCAUAAUGUUGUUAGUAUAUUUGAUUAAGUUGUUAAGGGACUAUUGUUAUCAGGGGGAAGGGGAUGUAGUGAACUAGCAAUAACAUGUCAUGAGGUAGUGUGACCGCUAGAGGGGGUCCUUAGCUAAUAAGAAGCCUUUCCACUGAGAGUUCGACAGAGCAGUGUGUUGUUGUCCUAGCCGGAUCCGCCUCAUGUAUUUUGUGUGCCGCAUCUGUCAAAUAAACAGCCU